CAUUAAUCCAUCCCAGUCCAGUCGCGCAUCAGUUCCAGCACACACCCAGGGAUCCUUUUAACACAAACACGUAAGAGACAAUGCAUCUGUAUCAGAUUGUGCUGUAUCUCAGCCUGCUCAUUGCUUUGGGUCCUGUAGUUCUGAGUGACCAAGAGACGCACCAGCAGCCCUCCGCCUCCAGCCCGGAGGACUCGGAGCAGUGUGCCACCUGCGAGGUCCGGCAGCAGAUCAAGACGAUGAGACUAAACGCGAUUAAAUCUCAGAUUUUGAGCAAACUGCGCAUGAAAGAAGCUCCGAACAUCAGCCGAGACAUCGUGAAGCAGCUCCUGCCCAAAGCGCCGCCGCUGCAGCAGCUCCUCGACCAGUACGACGUGCUGGGAGAUGACAACAGAGAUGUGGUUAUGGAGGAGGACGACGAGCAUGCCAUCACUGAGACAAUAAUGAUGAUGGCCACAGAACCCGAGUCCGUUGUCCAAGUGGAUGGGGAACCAAAGUGCUGCUUUUACUCUUUUGCUCAAAAGUUUCAAGCCAACCGUAUAGUGCGCGCACAGCUCUGGGUGCAUCUGCGCCCUGCGGACGAGGCGACCACCGUGUUCCUGCAGAUCUCCCGCCUGAUGCCGGUCGCAGACGGGAGCAGGCACAUACGCAUCCGCUCCCUGAAGAUCGACGUGAAUGCCGGGGCCAGCUCUUGGCAGAGUAUAGACGUCAAACAGGUUCUGGCUGUGUGGCUGCGGCAGCCGGAGACCAACUGGGGCAUCGAGAUUAACGCCUUCGAUUCGAGGGGAAAGGAUCUGGCCGUUACCUCCACAGAGCCUGGAGAGGAAGGACUGCAACCGUUCAUGGAGGUGAAGAUCUCCGAGGGCCCCAAGCGCCUCAGGAGAGACUCGGGCCUGGACUGUGACGAGAACUCUCCCGAGUCCCGCUGCUGCCGCUACCCACUCACUGUGGACUUUGAAGACUUUGGCUGGGACUGGAUUAUUGCCCCAAAGCGCUACAAGGCCAACUAUUGCUCCGGGGAGUGUGAGUACAUGCACUUGCAGAAGUAUCCGCACACUCACCUGGUGAACAAGGCCAACCCCAGAGGGACUGCAGGCCCUUGCUGCACCCCCACCAAGAUGUCACCCAUCAACAUGCUCUACUUUAACCGAAAAGAGCAGAUCAUCUACGGCAAGAUCCCUUCCAUGGUGGUGGACCGUUGUGGAUGCUCUUGAGUUGGGACUGAGAUCCUGGCGAGAGGGAAGGGCGGACAGGGGGGCCACGGCUCUGUCCGCUCUUCAUCUUCAGACUUUUUGACACAACCAACCCACCAGCUCCAAUGCUUUCCUGCAGAACAUGGUGCAAUAGAACCAGAUUAGAAACAGCCCGACCUUCCGCAGGGCAGCGCUUUCACACCCGCCACAGCUCUUACUUUUCUUUCCACCCCUUGAAAUCUUAGCCAUAGAGGCUUGAGGUCCAACGGCUGCGGAAAAAGACACACACACACACACACACACACACACACACACACACACACACACACACACACACACACACACACACACACACACACACACACACACACACACACACACACACACCCCUGCUGGACCUUGGAGUGAAUGUAGAAAAUAUCAAAGUUAUCCAAAAACUUUUCUUCCUCUGUGUUCUGUGCUCCAUUUAACCCACAAACUGACAGAUUAUACUCGUACGCCAUCCACUCCACUCAUACCCAACACACAAGAUGUUAAACUCUGCUAAGUUGUGUGUGCUUGAUAAUCAUUUUUCAGAAACCUGCAAUUCUCAUCCUUUUCACUUUUUUAAUAAUUUUGGAAAAGCACAGCUGGGGACUUUUAGAGUGGUUUUUCACACUGGUGGAAGACGAAGGCUGAUAGGAGUAGAAAAAGAUGAAAACUCCUUAUUUUUAUUGCCUCUGAUAUAACCCUGGUCAAAAAUGACAAAAUUAGUCAUUUAGAAAAAUAAUCGUUCUGUUAUCGUAACAGACUUAAAAGUGAGGUGGGGACUUGGUGCUUGACCAUUCCUAUGGACACAAAAUGUUCCUCCUGUGUGAAGCAUCCCCAAAGGUCUCGACGUGUCUUUCUCACAAACCCGACCGAGGAACAUUCAUGCUCAGCAUUAUCUUCACUAUCCAACACAAUAGCCUGACCUGCCCGAUACACUUGAACUAUUCUGAUUGUAAAUUCACAUUACUGGACGGAAGGACUUGAACCUAAGGCACAAUGAAUGCAGCCUACAAAUAAAGAAUGUGUUUAAGACAGAGGAAACGAGAUGUGUGAAUGUUGAGAUCAUGCUUAAACUCUGUCUUACCAACAACACAGUUUGCACUAUGGCACACCAAUAGAAAGAAUUGGUUGCUACAAAAGUUGUAAAAACUGAUUUUGAUAUGUUUGCUCAUUUGUAUUGUAUACAUAUGCCAAUGUUUCCAUUAGGAGUUGCCUUUCUAAACCACUGUUGGUAAAUGUAUAAAACCACAAUCUAGCAAGAUGAAAGAUGUAAUACAGCAACUCUAUAUACUUGUUUUUAACAAAUAAAGUUUAUGCUUGUUUGUUGA